AAAUUGCUCUCACAAAAUCCUCACUUGAACUUCCUAUGGUCUGUCCUGUCCAGUCUGAAAUGUCACUUCAGUUGGAAAUACAAGACAUCCAAAAGGCAGAAGAGACUGAAGGACUGCCUAACCCACUGUGUGGAUUGAUGCCUUUCAAAGAUCAAGGGGACAUUUUCCAAGAAAUUUUCAGUCACACAAAAGCUAAGAAACACAGCUCACUGUUCCAAAAAACUGUUGAUGAAAUGGUGGAUGAACUGAACGUCCAGACUGAAGCAUUCAUGGCAUCACUUCAGAGAGUGGAAUCCACACAGCAUCUAAACCUCAAGGAGUUGAAGAAAGAGCUGAAACAGACAAUGUUGGAUGUUGUGCAGAGGCUUCACCUCCUGGCUCCAAUUAAAGAAUCUUGGGAAAAAUCUAUGGAAAAGCUGGAACAAGUCAGUGCCGAAUGCCAGCGACAGUGCUUCAACACUGAACACAAUUUGGCCAACACGAUAAGAGAAUUGGAACUUCAGAAGAUUCUCAGAGAAGAGGCUGAAGAAAAAGCUGCUGAUGCACUGCAAAGUGCAAAGGAAGCAAAGACCAAGGAAAAGGAAGCUAUCAUAGCCAAAACCCUUGAAAGCAAGAAGGUUAAAAAAGCUUUGGAAGACAUGACUACAGCUGAUGAAGAACUGACCAGUGCUAGAAAUGCAGCCAUCGAAACAGAAGGAAAAUUACUGGAAUCCAACAAAAAAUUAGCUGAGGUGAAAGAAAAAUUAUCUUUAUCAGAGUUUGCACUGUUUGAGCUCCAGCAGAAAGUCAGUGAGGACAAUGAAAGGACAGACGAGGAUAGGAAGAAGAUGAUGUUGGCCUUGGAGAUGGCGGAGAAGAAAGUAAAGAUGCUUGAGACAAAGACCCGAGACAUGGAGAAGAAGAUAGAGGAGACCGAGCAAUUAGUGGCUGUUGCCGAACUGAAAGCUGCUGCAGAAGAACAAAGAGCCACUGGGUUUUUGGCGGAGUUGGAGAGAGUCAAAGAGGAGACUGAGAGGAUAGAGUAG